CUCAGAUGUCUUUGUUGUCAACACCACGAUAACAUGUCAACGUUUCUCUCGCAUCCCAUACUGUACUCAGCAGCAUCGCUGUGCCAGGAUCAGGAACUGGCAGUUCGCUUGAUGGGAUUCAUCAAUGACGCCUUCCAACGAGCGAAACAGCGGGAUCCACAAAAAUGGGACCCCCAGAAGUUGCGCUUUGGUUCCGAAGCGGAGCUUUUCGAGAUGCUGGGCGAGAAUGGAGUCAUGGCAGUGGUAUAUGACCAAAAUGAAUCAAGAGCCGUACAAACGGAUAAUGGACUGGAUGUAGGAGGGCGAGGGAAGAUUGUAGCCUGUGCAGCCGCGGUUCAGUGGAAAGGCAUAGAAAGGGAGGCAGGCAAAGAUCCCUCAUAUGGAGACGAAUUCGAGAAAACAGAAAUAGAAGAAGGCUGGGAAAUCAAGACUGUGUGCGUGUCUGCGGAUUCCCGGUACGCAAAGAAAGGGUUGGCAGUCCGCGUUUGCGAUUUUCUCCAGGAGUAUCUGGUAAAGCAGGUAUACGAGGCGACAAACGCGUCCGAGAAGGCGAUACGGGGUCACUUGGUCUUGUGGAUCAUCACUGCGGAAUCCAUGAAUGGGGAGUAUUGGCGAAGGCGCGGAUAUAGGGAUGUGAUGAAGAGAGUGAUAAAGCCGCCAGUCUGGGGUAGUAAAGCAGAGUUUGUGAUGGUGGUGCUAAGGAAGGAUAUCACAUGGGAAAAGUAGCGAUUGGAGCGUUGGCAGUAUAUGCUACUUCACAGCAAUGUGAGGGGCCCGCUUCGAAGGUUAGUCUUGGACUUUCAACUUGUGACAGAGAGCGGAGUCUGAAGAGGAAUAUGGUGGAAUGCCUGGACAGGUUUUAUGGGUUGUACAAUCCGCUCCAUUCUUCCCUACCGCCCACAAUGGCCUCGACGGUUG